AUUUUUGCGUCGGAAGUAGUUGUGUUUACGUCCAUGCCUGUGCAUAAGCGCAGUUGCGUUAUCCUUCACAUUUUCCCGUUCAUAUAACCUGUCAGUAAAGUUUCGCCAUGGCUGAUUUUAAUUCUAGCUUUGAUAUGCCGUCGGCUAGUUCAUCUGAAAGCGCUGAAGCUGCGGAGCUCCAGCGUCUGAUUGCAGUAGAGCAGCAAAAGGCUCAGUUUCAAGCGCAGGUUCACAACUUUAUGGAUGUUUGCUGGGAUAAGUGCAUGGACAAACCGAGCUCCAAGUUGGACUCACGAACUGAGACUUGUCUCGUUAACUGCGUGGAGCGUUUCAUCGACACGACGCUCACCAUCACCAACCGCUUUACGCAGAUGGUCCAGAAGGGCGCGCACUGAUUGAAGGACAACUGUCAAUAAGCCUACCACGUAUUCUUUAUGUUCUCGGUGUACGUCUGGGAGGUUAUUUUACUGCUCCUUAGGGGUGUGAUGAACCCUUUCACACUCGCGAAAAAAAAACAACAACAACAAAAAAAAAAAACCUACAGCCCUUUCUCAACAACUCAACAAAUAGAAAAUGUGUAUUGAUAUGUGUAUCGCUGCUGUACCAAUACAGCCAGCAAAGAACGAUUAUUUCUGCUGGAAAUAAGUACUGGCAGUUUCCAGUACUGACUGUCCACAUCUGUAAACCUGACUGGUUUAAUUGUGACGUUAAAUAAAUCAGAAGUUUCAAUGAAA